UCGACAAUUAGUAUUAUAGGACAUCAGCCAAGUGCUAGAAUGUUUAAAGGCUGCUAUUUUCUGUCCUCAGUUCAUUCGCCAAACAUCAGGCAUCACAACAGCAAAGAUGGCUUUUGGUCUUCACUUGUUGAUGCUCUUGUGUGGCAUUAGUGGACUUUUCACUGGAACCUGUGCUUUUCCUAUAAAGAAAGAUCAGUCUUGCCCUCCAGGCUGGACUCAGUUGGACGACCGCUGUAUAAUCUUUCAAAAUGAGGCAUUAAAUUUCCGACUUUCCGAGAUUGUCUGCAACAUUCUUGGUGGAAACCUGGUUUCAAUCCACAAUAAUCUGGAAAAUGAAGUAGUUCGACACGUGAUUCUGGCAGGGGCUGGAUCUUUUCAGCGUUCUUGGAUUGGGCUCCAUGACCGGGUUGUGGAUGGAAAUUUUUUGUGGACAGACGGCUCACCCUUUGAUUUCAAUGACUGGGCGAAUAACCGUCCGAGAGUGGAUACAAAUCAAGACUGUGCAGAAAUAAACUUUCGAGAUGAAUCCUGGAAUGAUAUUCGGUGUGGUGCGCGAAGAUCAUUUGUGUGUGCCAAAGAUGUGAAACACCAGUAACAGAAACAGGACUAUCAAGUGUAUCAUGUGUUUUGCACUGUUUUGAUGACUCUUUGUAGGAAACAAUCAAUUGUUCACAUUUGUUAGUUUUACUAAUUGUCAAACAAACUUUGACACUUAAAGGCUUUCCAAUAAAUAUAACAAUCUCUUUGA